GAAAUAUCCCACUGCUACUACUACUAUUACUACUGACUGAAGCCAUUAUUCUCACUUCGAGUUUCAAAAUGUCAAAGCAGGACCUGAAGCGCCAGUGGGAGAUUAUGAAGAAGACCUUCUGUAUCGACGGCAACUUCUCGGAAGUGAAUGCUGAUUAUGAAGAUUUUAAUCUUGUUCUUCAGUUAGUGCAGCAGCAUGGAGCAGGCCAGCUUAUUAUUGAUCUUGCAUUGGAUGCUAUUUGGCAUGAGUUAAGGCAGAAAAUUGUCCCUGAGUUUUGGCAGCACUUCAAAACUUACAACAAUCAAAAACAAGAUGGAGAUGAGGAAACAUCUGAAGGUAGUGUUGAAGUCAUGUCGCGAGUAGCGUCAGCAGUCAGUGAACUUUAUGAUGGUGCUGUCUCAUUUUUACCCCUCAUACACAGGUGUGAAAUGCUCUGUGAAAAGUCAGGUGCAAAAUAUGAAGAUUGUGUUCAUGGAGGGCUGAUGGAGCACUUCAAACUACACUUACGAGCAACAUUGCACUCCCAGAUGCAUCCCUCAUUUACCUAUUUACUCCACAAAUUUUAUUCUGCUGCCUUCAAGGUGUUCUACCAUGCUGAAGUUGGAAAUCAAGCUGAAGAAGCAGAUGAAAGCACAGACGAAGUCAUUCAGUGUGGAGGCUGUGAUGCUGCCACAGAUGCCUGCCAUUGCCAAGCAAUAACAAAUACCUUUUGUCAAGUUAACAGACAGCUAUUGGAGUUAGACCUACUGGAACGCCUUGCAGGUGAUAUCAUAUCGUCUUUACUUCUGGCUGUCAUUAAUCAGCAUGUGACCGCCACAUGUAGGGAUUCCUAUGAUCAGUCCCGUAUCAAUCAGCUGGAAAAGUGGGUGGAGAAUGUGGUUGUCGGCUGGCUCGAGAUGGUUUAUUGUGGUGGUCGGGGUCAACUCCAAUCGGCUGAACCUGAAAUCCAGAACAUGGUGUCAAAUAAUCUCAACCACACCUACAUGUCAGCCUUGUAUCAUACGUACACCACGACUAGAAUAGAUCAGCUUUUCAACAUUGUUAUAGAGUAUCCCGAGUCACAGCCUGCAUUGGAUGACAUAAGGGAAUGUCUCGACAGAACACAUCUAAGAGAUCGUUUAGUGGAAUCACUGCGUUCUGCUAUACAGACUCGGCUCUUGCAUCCUGGAGUCAACACAACUGAUGUCCUUCAUGCAUACAUAUCAACAAUUAAAGCUCUCCGUGUGCUCGAUCGUAAAGGUGUCCUGUUGGAGCUUGUUUCUGAGCCAGUGCGGCAGUAUCUCCGAGGACGUGAAGACACAGUCAGAUACAUCGUUACAAGCUUGACAGACGAAAGCUCCUCUGAGCUUUCAGAAGAGUUGCUUGUAGCGGCACCCUUAGUGCUUGAUGAUUCUCACAGUGAAGAUGACAAUAUGGACAACUGGGAGACAUGGACUCCUGAUCCCGUACAUGCGCAUAGCUUGAAAUCAAAGUCUCAGAGAACAGCAGAUAUAAUAUCUAUGCUCGUCAACAUCUAUGGAAGCAAAGAUGUCUUCAUUACGGAGUAUCGAACGAUUCUUGCAGACCGGAUACUCUCUCAGUUUAGUUAUGAUACUGAAAGAGAAAUUCGAUACUUGGAGCACCUGAAAGUCAGGUUUGGAGAAACAGUAACCCUCCUUCACAAAUGUGAGGUAAUGGUUAAAGAUGUAGCAGACUCCAAAAGAAUAAACAGCAUUAUCCAUUCUGAUGAGAACAGACAUCGUAGCAAGCAGAAAUUCCCAGUGUCAUCCAUGAUUCUCUCUGCUCAGUUCUGGCCAUCUUUUAAGGAGGAAAGGCUGCAUCUUCCAGAAGAAGUUACGAAAGAACUGGAAACUUACACUGAAGCCUUCCAGGAUCUAAAAGGCAAUAGAACGCUGAACUGGAAGCCUCAUCUAGGCCAAGUACAGUUGGAAGUAGAGCUCAAAGGACGCACCUUAAACUUAACAGUGACACCAACCCAGGCAACCAUUAUUUAUCACUUUCAAGAUCGCAGUCGUUGGUCAAUUAAUGAACUGAGCGCAGUAACUCAGGUGCCAAAGACAAUAUUAAGGCGUAAAAUUACAUACUGGCAGACUCAGGGUGUUUUACAAGAAGUAGAACCAGACAUAUUCAUAUUAGUGGAGGGAGAGGAAACUGGUGAAGAGGGGAUAGUUGCAGUUGCUGGUGCAGCUCAGCCAGAUAUAGCUCCUCAGGCAAUUGAAGAAGAUGAAGCAGAAAGUGUAAUGGCCUCAGCUCAAGAUCAGAGGGAAGAAGAACUUCAGGUUUUCUGGUCUUAUAUUGUGGGCAUGUUAACAAACCUGGAUUGCCUUCCCUUAGAGCGAAUUCAUUCCAUGUUGAAGAUGUUUGUUCAAGGGUCAGUUGAAUGCAGCCCUCAAGAACUAAGAGCCUUCCUGGACCGCAAAGUACGUCAGCAUCACUUGCUGUUUGCAAAUGGCCUCUACAAAUUACCAAAGAACUGAUGUUUGCUGGUUUGUUAUUAUUUCAAAAAAUAUAUUUCAUCUGAAAUGCCACAUACAUUAAUUGUACAUUUUUAUAACACUGUAGUAUUUUGAUUACUAUAUAUUUUAGAGUAGUAUUUAUAGAUCAUUUUGAUACAGCUAUCACUUUUCCAGUAUUUUUGUAAAUAAAAUUUCAUGUAAUAAAAAAUCUUUACUUCUGAAAUGCUUCAUAUACCAUUUUUUCUAUUUGCAUUCUUCACUUAUUUUCUCUUUUGAGUAGCUGAUCAUCAGAUUUCAGUUUCAUUUUUCUGAUACAUUUUUUUGCUUUUUGUUAGUUGGAACGAUUAUUU